UGUAAUACAAAUUGAUGGCUGUUUUGGGAAGGAUUUGAGACGCCGAGAAAGGAGUAAUCGCUAGGGCUCAACAACCAUUGAAAGACAACAGGGAACGAAGGUUUAGGCUGCAGUUAGAUUGAAUUUUGGGUUAAUAAACAUGGAAAAAUGGAGCUCACUGCCAUUGAGGGAAAAUGAAGUUCUGUUGCCGUUAAAGAAAGACCUGCUGCUACUGCCAUUGAUUUAAUGAAGUUUUAGAAGAUCAGAGAAGGAAUUGGAGUUGGGUUUUGUUCCAGUUCGAAUCUCAGCAAGAGAGAAGGCCAAAUAAGAUCUUCUAUUACCUGUCCGUGCAGCUGAAAAUCGCUAUCAUUGAUAUUUAGUGAUGGACGAAGAGGAAUUAAGGCUAUUGAGAGUCUGUGAAUGAUUUUAAUACAUGGGUUUGUCUCAUUUGCAGGGAAGGAUUUGAUGUGCAAUAUCCAAUUUACGGGCAGUACACAGUCUUCACCAGUUUGCAACACGCACAUAGAGUGUUUGUAAAAGUGUCUGUGUCACCAGAUUACACAAAUUCAAGUUCUGUCGCCAACAGUUUGCCGUACCAGACUAUCCAUGGAUUCUGUGGUUCGAGUUCUGGCAGAAUUACAAGCCCAGAAAUCAGUAAAGCAAGGGGUGUUGCUGCCAUGGUUCUUGUGGUUACUUAUCAAGGGUCGAGAGAACAAUUCGCAUCCAACAACAAGGCAGAGAACACGGCACAAUGGGUGAGAAUCAGUAAAAGAAUUGGCUAGGAGUUUGGGGUCGAUUAUGAGCUGAUUCAGGUACAAAUCACUUGUUUUGCGUGUGCACAAUUGGGAAUAAGAGGUAAGUCUCUAAACUAGUUGUGUGCAUAAAAAUUUCGUGAUGUAUCCUUUUGCGAACAACAUAUAUGAUUCACAAGACCAAGCAUACUAUGGUAAUAAUUCUGAUUUUCAAUCUCACUCUUACAAUAGCUUCCAACCAUAUGUGGGAUAUAAUCAAAGCCAAUCUUUUGGUUAUGACGACUAUUCCACAGGACCUUGUGAUUCUUCUCAUACAUCGCAACAACCUUUUGGUGGUUAUGUAAGUGGACAAUCACAAGGAUGGGGGAUAGUUAUACUUCUCAUACGUUCCAAUCUAGUUUCAUGCAGAUGUUUGAAGAAUUCAAAGAUAUUCGACGUACAUGGAACCAGAUUAACUUACCUCCCAACGUGUCGAGUUUCGUACCAAGUGAAACAUAUGAUAGUGUAUUUAGACCUGUCCCGGAUCGUACUUAUGAUCUUUCACCCAUUCAAAGGGAAGAGACGUGGUCUAGAGAACCUAUUGUGAAUAGUAGCGGAAAACGUGUUAACAUUAAGAAACUCUUUAGACAAUAUGAGCAGUUGGAAGAAGAGGGAGCAACGGAAGAUACUCUUCAAGCAAUUUCUAGGGCCAUACAUAUGGAGGUUAACCGCUGUGUUGAUAAUGGAGAAGAGCCCCAAAAAGAAGAUUCCGAUGAUGGUGAACCUUUGGAAAAUAUUGAUACUGAUGGUGAUACUAGCUCAACUCAUGAUCAUAAUGGUCAUUCUCAUAUUCAAAAGGAAGAAGUUGAGUCUAGAAACAUUACAAUUAUUGAUGAUUCUGAUUUAUUUUCCGAUGAGGAGGACUUGGUUAUAGAAGAAACCAAUGAAUGUCUUGCCAAGAGUUUGAGUGAGAAUGAUGAUACUUGUGAUGUGGGAAUGGAAGUGUCCAGCAGUACCGAGGAUCCCGUAAUACAAGAGGCUAUGCAAGGUUUGUCUAACCCUUUAUGUGAAUCUCUAUCUAAUGAUGAUCCUCCCAAACUAGAAGUAACUUCCCAAAGAGUUGUUAAUCCAUCUUUUAGGACAAUACCUCAUUUGGGGCUGGAAUUAUGUGCUUCUAAAGUUCUUUCCGAAUUUCUUGCUUCCAAGUAUCCGCCAUAUGUGUUUGAGUCUAACACCAUGCAGGUUUUCCGAGAGGAACAAAUAGAAGUGCCUUCCACUUAUGUUUUGUAUACACUUCCGAGUGUAGAAAGGACUAAGUGUGGGGGUGGCUCUCGUGGGAUGAUAAUUUUACUUUUCCCACAAUUUGCUAAUAUUCUUUUGAAGCUUUUGCAAUAUAUGCAGAUUGUUUUAUGGGUGGAUCCUCAAAUUUUCAGAUUGUUGAUAUAUGGGGAGUCUAUUUUGAAUGUUUCUCGUAUGCGUCAAUUAGGUGCACAAUUCCAAUUCUUACUUCCUUGUCUUUUUCAAGUAUUCCUCUUAUUCUUUUUGCAAUGGUUUGAAACAUUAAUGACAAUGUUGAUUUAA